AUAAAGCCGAAAAGGAGCACAAAUAAGAGCCCAGGAAAAGGGGAUUUACAAAAGAAAAGAGAAAAGUAAAAAAGAAAAUUACCCCUCUUGGCAGAGUUGGGUUCUCGGAAGCCCGGAGCGACCGGGAGGAGAUACUCGACUUCCAGGUCACGAUGCGCUGACGCACCAUGGGAAAUGACCUCAUCCCAAGGUACCGGACUUUUAGCGUGUGGCCUAGAGCGGACCAGUGGAUGUUCCCUUCUUGUUCCCCAUCCGCUUCGGGAUCCUGUUCGCCUGUUUUCGGGGCUUUUUCUUCUUGCUUCUUAAGGCUUCAUGGCCCCUCCCGCGGAUAUAUUACUAAUGCCGCGGGACAGCAGGCCUUUUUCGCGAUGCCAGAAUCACACAGAAGGGUCUUCAAGCCCAAGUUCGCACUAUUGGCGAAAGGGUCAACAAGGCUGCAAGUGCAUGAGACUACUAACUACUACUCCCUAUGCCGGUCCACCUUCAUCUGCGUGUCUGGCAGUGGCCUGUACGCCGUUUGGGCUCCGAUCUCGUCUCCACGCAGUCCUCUGUAGUCACAAUUAUGCCAGGACGCUCAUGCCAUGUAUCUAUCAAUCCCUUCCUGUCCGUCUGACAGUCCCCCGGAAGGCGCAGCAAUCAUUCGAUCGCGGGGGGGUGUAAACAGAAGUCCAGAAUGCAGGGAUUCUGAUACGCCCAACUUCUUAGGUCCCGCCUUCCCGUGACUUAUUGUAUCA